UAUGCACCAGCUCCCCACCCCAUGGCUCCUCCCAGCCCCAGCACAAACAGCAGCAGCAACAACAGCAGCAGCAACAGCAGCGGGGAACAGUUGAGUAAAACCAACCUGUACAUUCGAGGCCUUCCACCAGGCACCACUGACCAGGACCUAAUCAAGCUGUGCCAACCGUAUGGAAAAAUUGUAUCCACAAAGGCAAUUCUGGACAAAAACACAAAUCAGUGCAAAGGUUAUGGUUUCGUAGAUUUUGACAGUCCUGCAGCUGCACAGAAAGCAGUAGCAUCUCUCAAGGCAAAUGGCGUGCAGGCACAGAUGGCCAAGCAACAAGAGCAAGACCCAACAAACCUAUACAUCUCAAAUCUCCCCAUUUCCAUGGAUGAGCAGGAACUUGAGAAUAUGCUGAAACCCUUCGGACACGUCAUUUCCACAAGAAUACUAAGAGAUGCUAAUGGAGUCAGCAGAGGUGUUGGCUUUGCCAGAAUGGAGUCUACUGAAAAAUGUGAAGUGGUCAUUCAACAUUUUAAUGGAAAAUAUCUGAAAACACCACCAGGCAUCCCAGCGCCUAGUGAGCCUUUACUGUGCAAAUUCGCUGAUGGAGGACAAAAGAAGCGACAGAAUCAAAGCAAAUACACCCAGAAUGGAAGGCCUUGGCCCAGGGAAGGAGAGGCUGGCAUGGCUCUGACCUAUGACCCCACAGCCGCCAUACAGAAUGGAUUUUAUUCUUCACCGUACAGUAUUGCAACCAACCGCAUGAUUCCACAGACAUCUAUCACGCCAUUCAUUGCUGCUUCCCCUGUCUCCACAUACCAGGUCCAGAGUACUUCAUGGAUGCCUCAUCCGCCAUACGUUAUGCAACCAACAGGUGCUGUGAUUACGCCGACAAUGGACCAUCCUAUGUCAAUGCAGCCAGCAAAUAUGAUGGGCCCCCUGACGCAACAGAUGAAUCAUCUUUCAUUGGGCACAACAGGAACGAUUCAGUCCCAAGACAGGAUUAUGAUACUCCACCAGCUGUUGUGUCAGUAUAUGACUGCUGCCGCUCCUAUGCAAGGGACCUACAUUCCCCAGUACACGCCUGUGCCUCCGACAGCUGUUUCUAUUGAAGGUGUUGUUGCUGAUACCUCUCCCCAGACAGUGGCACCUUCAUCCCAGGACACCAGUGGUCAGCAACAACAGAUAGCAGUGGACACAUCCAGCGAACAUGCACCUGCAUAUUCUUACCAACAGUCUAAACCAUAAACAAGACUGAAGAAUGUUCGUCGGAAACAUUGCCUUGAACGAAGAAACUUCAUUGAACAGGAAGUUGGCUUCCAGUUUGCACAGGCGUCAAUGGAAUGCUUUCUUUCUUUUUUUUUUUUUUUUUAAUUUUCUACUUUACCCAGUGAAAACAAAGUGUUUUUAUGUGCCGUGCAAAUGGUUCCUUCAUGUGGUCUGAAAGUUUAUUUUUGCCAUCUUUUUUUUUUUUUAAAGAAAAAAAUCCCAGAAGAGGAAACAAACAAAAACCAACAACAAAACAAAACACAGAAGGCUGACAUUUUAUCUGAACGACCAUUUGAAUUCAGAAUUUACCAGAAGAUGUAGACAGAUUUUUGUUUUUUUAAAACAGAAAAUCAGAUGUCAAGAGGUGGGCAAAGCAGAAAUGGAAACAAAUUGUCUUCCUCGGUAAUUAAGCUACCCUUUCUUUCCCCCUUUUUGUUUAAAUCUAGUGGGUUGAUUUUUUAUUUUAUUUUUUUCUUAGAAAUAUUUAGGUAAGAUUUAUCUUGAAUCUUAAUUGCCUUAAUUUUAAGGACGUCAAAGGCUCUCAAGGCAAGCUGUCAACGUCUUGUUAAAAAAAAAAAAAAAAUUCAAGAAAGAAUUGAAAUAUUGUGCCGGCUUUAACUGGUACAGAAGUUUAAGACUAUGAGUUUUUAGGGUGAAAAAAAAAACUGUACAGUUUAAAAGAAAAUGUUUUUCUUCAUUUGAAGAAAAUUUGUUGAUAAAAGAAACCAUGGCAACUGCAAGAAUUGGGAAAAUGCUGGGACUUUUCAUGAACUUUGUCUUAAGUGUUGAAUCAUUCUAGAAGGCUAAAACAUUUUAUGGUAAAGUUAUUAAUGUUGGUUUAAAAACAACUGCAUUAGAAAUAAUGCGUGUUUGGGGGGCAGAAUGCAGAUUUUUUUUUAUUUACGAAGCGUGAUCGCUAGCAAAAGCAUUAGUGCUUUUUAUCUGCAGUCUUUUUUAUGAGCUUUACAAAGUUUUUAGUCAGCUUUGCUUGUCACAUUGCAAAACCUAGCUUAAGAGCAUUAAAAAAAAAACUUAAGUAGAUAGGAGCUUAUGGUCAAAAAGUGCAAAAAAAACAAAAAAAAAAAAACAAAAAAAGCAAUAGAUAGAGAAAUUGUUGACAAUUUCUGUAGUCUUUCCUAGUUGUGAUCAAAUUCAGCCUAUGGAUGGCCUAUUUUAUACCAAAGAUGAAGUGGCACCCUAUUGCAGUCCAGAAGAUAGAGGUUGUUUUCCAUUUCUUCUCUUUUCUUUUCUUUUUAAGAAUUUUAUUUGACCUACAUGGCCGGACCAGUUCUUACUUUGUUGUUUGUUUAAACUACCUUCCACUGGUGUUUUAUAUACUGCAAAACAGAACACAACAAAAGGUGUUUUGUUUUUGUUUUUGUUCCUGUUUCUGUUUUUGUUUAUUUGUUAACAUGCAUUUGUUGGUUCUAGUAGAAAAGCUUGCACUUGCUGUGUUCAGCAGUUUCUGCCGGAAGAGUUCUGGAUACCAACUGACAAAGCCAAAUGGCUUUUUAUUCAAUCUGUGAGCUUUUCUGGUUCCUUACUAGCUCUCUUGAAUGGUGACACCUGUGUGGAUGGCCACUGAUAUGUGGAGACCCUUGUUUAACAGGUUGAAAUUCCUUUCUGUGAACUUUGAACUAAAGGUCCUUCCCGGAACUGGUCUGAAAGGUCACUUGUCAAAAAACAAAACAAAACAAAACAAAACAAAACAAAAAGCAGCUUAGUGAUACUCUGUUAAGUGAUGAGUGGUCUCCUGAAAAGGUCUCAUUGUAUUUGUAACAAUAGUCUUCCUUUUCAAUUCAACGCCUUUAGGUUUUGUCUUCUCACCUCAGUCUUUGUUCAUCUACCAUGAAUAGUCACCUUGAUUCUGCAAGUGGGGAGGGGCUAUCUUCUUCUUGCCUUCUAUCAUUUCAUUUUCAUACCCUGGUGUUGUCAGAAGAAGGACAAAAAUAGACCUUUUUGUUUCUGUUUAACUCUCUGAGACAAAGGACCAAUCAGAUUGAGGAUUCUGUUAGUGGAGUUAAGGUAAGCUUUUAAAAUGCUAGUUGACAAUCAAGAAAUUGUAUGAUUUAUAUUGAUAAGAACCAAAAGUAUUAGGUUUGCUCAGUCUUUAAAGCCAAAGGAGAUAUAUUUGCAUUGAGAAUGAUGCAAAACUUUGUCUAAAAUGAAUUAGAUUGACUUAACAAACAUCUUUGCAUAUUUGACUCAUGGAAUCCAUGUUCAACCUGUAUAGUUUUACCUGAAAUUAAGACUGAUGAAGUUUGUUAGUUGAACCAUGCACCAGAGUUGCUUUCUGAAGGGGUCAUUAGAAGCAGAGAGGGGAAAGUCUUUGCACAAACGAAGUCCGGGGAAAUUGUCUUAGUCCAGAGGGAAGAGGGAAAUGUGUGAAGUGCACUGUUAAAGAAAACAGGGUAGGCUUUUAAAAACUACAAAAAAACAAAAAACAAAAAACCAACAACCUUAAAAGGCAAAUCACAUUCCCAUUAGGUCAAUAUCAGUAAUGAGUCUGACUGUUCUGAAAUUGUCAGUAUUCAGCUAUUUGUGACCUGUUAACAGAAACGGGCCCAGUUCUUUUAUUUGAAACCCCAUGAAUUGGAAACUCAAAUCCAGAAAGUGGCUCCCUAUCUUUGCGGUCAAAUCAGAGGCAUGAAUGGAUCAAGAAAAUGUAGCAUGUGCUGCUACAGAGAAAUUCCAUGUGGUGACACCCAUCCUUAAUGCUUUUCCAUGCUCUCAAGAGAAUCCUAGAUGUGUGCUUUCUUCUGUUCUGUCCUUCAAGCUUCUCAUAUAUUUCAAGGGUGGCACUUAAGUUUUAUCUUUGCGAAGUAGGCCCCUGAGUUACAGGGGGUAUAAGGAAUAUGUAUAGGAACUGUGCUUUUUGUUUCUCUUUUUCAGUCUCUGAACUCUUUGUAUAAAUAAGGAUUAUCCUGGGCAUAAUUCAUUUGACUAUGAAACCAACAUGCUUUCUUUUGUUUCUGUAAAACACACACACACACACAAACACACACACACACACAAAACCUUAAUGUGAUACAAAGAAAGUCUCAUUUACGCAAUCAACAAUGAGGCUAAGAGGUAGCUACCAUGUGGCUGAUGAAUGUGCCUAGGUAACUUCCUGUUUCUAUUCAAAACUACUGCUUUAUUUAUACAUUCAGAAACAUUUUUUUCAACUAUGAAAUUUCAAUGAUCUCAAUUUUUUUAAGCCACUUCAGGCACAAGGAAAUUACCUGUCAUUUUUUGUGUCCAUGUGUGUUUUGUGUUUGGAUUUUUUUAUAUCAUGCCAUUCUAGAAUAUACCUUAUUUCAAACCAAAAAGAAAAGAAAAAAAAAGGAAAAAUGGCACAUGUUCAAAUUUGCAUCUGUCAUCUUACCUAAUGACUGUUUUUAAGAGUCAAGUCUGGGGGAAUAAAAAAAAGCAUGAACAGGUAAGCAGCAUUACAUUGUAUGAAGACUAAAACAAACCAAAAUACAGUAUAUAUAGACAUCAGAAUCUUGAUUUAAUCGGCAACUGAUAUUAUGGUGAUUCUACUCCUAUUUAGGAAACUUUUUUUUUUUAAAUGUAAGUAUUCUGGUUCAUCAGAUUUCCAAACAUUUAUUCAGAUAUUUCCAUUUUUUCCUUUUGACUUUAAUUGCCAAGGCUUCUAAACGUCAGGAAACAAACCAAAGCCACAAUCCAAGUGGGAUAAAUGUUAUCUUGUUCAAACUCUAGUUACAUGGUCAGUGGAGGAGUGGGUUUUCUUGUAACAACAAUAAGGUUUUGUCAGGGAGACAAGUUAUGCAUAGUUGACUCAAUGCUUGGCCAUGUGUUCUGAAGUUAUCUUGGACCCUAGUUAAACUAAAGACAAUGCUAGCAGGUGCCGGUGACUGUUUGUCCUUAAAGACAGGCACGCCUUGAUAGUUGCAGGUGACAUAAUAUUCUUAAAAAUAACAAAAACAAAAAAUCCUGUACCUGACUUCAGUUUGGCUGUUUCCUUGGUAAAUUUCAACCAUUCAGAUGUUGUCUCAAUGCUUCACUUGAAUCAAUUCUUCCUGUGACUUUAACAGACCUGCCACAUUUGACAGCAUGUAAGACUCACUUCCACCCAUUCUAGUGAAAAACUACAUGGUAUUAAAAGCGCUCAUAUUAGAGAUGGAAGGCUGAGAGCAGAAAAAAGGCUGGAUGGAGCAGCAAGGUCACUGUCCCUGCAGAAUACAUCAACCCCUUGCAAAACUGUGCGAAAAUCAUUUCAAUUCAUGUGUGACAAAAAAAAAAGAGUAGCUUUUUUUUUUUUUUUUUCCUAAAAAAAAAUUAUUUGAAUAUUUGGGAAUUCUAUGUAUCUUUUACGGGGACCUAAAGUCCCCAUUAAUGAAGAGUGAGAUUUGAUUUGAAUAGCACUUUUGUGGUCUUCUUCAUGAUUCCGAAGUUUCAAUGGACUGUCUAGACAGAUUAUAAUGUUAGUAGGAAACUAAAAAUACCUUUGACAAUUCAGUCUCAUUCUUAAUUUGCGUGUGCGAACCACUGCAGAUGAGCUGAUAAGCAGAGAGAAAUUUUUAAGUGGGUUUCAGUGAUACAUGCUUUUAGAUGAUAUAAAAUCAAACGAAGGGGAAUAUUUAUGUAUGUGUAUAAACAACAUUCAGAACAUUUGAGGAAUCACACCUCCUAAUAAAGUUUAAACAUGUCAUAGAGCCUUGAUCUACAUUAUCUUGUGCACAGUAGGAAGUGAAGGAUGAGAUUUUGUUUUUUUGUGUUAUUGUGCCUGGCAUCCUUCAAAUUUUUGAGCUCACCGAGACUGACAGCGUCUCCCUCCAAUCUGAGGGACUGACGGAAUUUAAACAGGCUCAUUGAUUCUGUACACUAUCCCUUUCCUGUGACAGAGUGAUAAUGGGAUUUCAUUAAUGAAUCAAUUUGUUACAAAUGACAUCCACCGUGGCACUGGGAGACAGUUGAGUCUAACUCUAAUUCAACACUUCCUACCCAAUAUUCUUAAAUAUGAAAUCGGUCCCUUCAUCUAAGUGCUCUCGGUCUUGGCUGUCCUUUGUGGACUGUACUGAGUUCAAGAAAGUACAAAGCUAAAUACAAGAUCUCUGAGUGACCCCAAAGAUCUCUUCCCAUGUGGGACAGGUGAGCUCACCCCAGAUUGGUGGUUUCUUUUCUCUUUCGUUCUAUACCCCAAUACAUAUGCUCCUUGUGACACGAAAAAAUGUUGGAUAACUUCUGCUCCCCUGGAAAGGAAAAUAAUAUUUUAAGAAAUGCUUCUUCUGUUCAGGAAGCUUUAAAGCUGGAGCAGAGGUGAGAUCAAGCUUGGAGUCUGCAGGAAUAACCUCUAGGCCACGGAAUCACACUUACCUUCCAUUUUAUUCACUCCAAGUUCGUAACUUCCCCAGUGACUGAGUCUUGCAGAAAUACAAUCACUCUCAAUUUUUGAAGGGCUAACUAUCUACUUGGUAGAUUUGGUUUUUUUUUUCUUUUUUCAACUUAAUAGUCUUGGGCUCUAUUUCCUUUAAUUAGCAGUUCACCCUGGGGGUGGAAGAGAAACAUUUGGAAAUCAAAUUCAAAUCAGUCUUUUUCUUUGUUAAGUCUUAAUUUAGCGAAGGAUUUUAAAUUCGUUGUUAAAACAGUCAGUGCUUUUUAUACCACAGAUUUUUAUUAUCCAUAAUAUUCCUUUCCCAUCUACUGCAAAUAAUUGAGAGUUGGCUGUAUUCUUGCAAAUACAAAGGGAAAAAAAGAACAAAAGACAAAAAACUGUAACGAAGUAUUUGGCUUCCCUCAAAAGAAAGCUGUUUUGGUUUCGUUCACUAUUGAAAUUUUAACCAGAAGAAAAGGUCAACUCAAAAUUGAGUUAUGAGAAUAUAAUAACAUCUUGUGGUUAAAUAUACACUCUUAUCCCUAUCUUAAAUCUUUGGCAAAAAAAAAAGCAUCGUUUUAUUAUUAUUAUUAUUAUUUUUAUUUGGCAUCACAGUAAUAAGGGUGAAUGACCUUGACACUCCAGUGGAUUUUUUCUGAUCAUUUCAAAUUUAAGUAGUGUCUAAAGUGUAACUUUAGUGUUAUGCUUUGUAUUUUAAACCCUCUGGUCUUAGAUUCUUAAGAAAGAUGCUCUGUCCUCCUCCCCAAAAUAUGUCAUUUCCUCAUAUAUGAAAAAAAUGAGUUAUGUCAUACUUUUCAGGAAUUAUAAAAACUAUUUCAAAGAGACACUUGAAAAAGUUUUCUCCAUUCUGGAAAUAAAUGUUUCCAUUUAUUUAAAAAGAAGAUGCUUAUAAUUGGAAUCUUAAAUUUCAAAAAAUAAAUGUAAAAGUGUACUUGCUAUGAAAUACCCAGUUUCUUUAAAAAAAAAAAAGGGACACAGCUUCUUUUAAAACCCUUGUUUUGGGCCAUAUUGACUUCAUGAAACUUGUGAAACAUCAUUCAAAUUCAAACUUUAUUUACGAGCAUUUUGUACUGCUGUCCCUGUCAUGGAAAGUUCUGUAACUCUAUGGUGUUUCCGGUUUUAUUUUUAAUUUUUUCAUCUGUACCACAGUCAAGUUAGCUACCAUUUCCCCCAUUCCUUGGGCUUUCUGUAGAUCAGUGGAUGUUAGGUUUAAACUUCUGUUUUCUUUGAUGAAGCUUUCAAUAAAAAAUGAAAAUAAAAUCAA